GAGUGUAACUUUAUCAAUGUGUGAAUCUGCCCAUUCUGUGGCAUGUUAUGUGCCUGUACUUCUUAAGCCUAAUGUAUUACAUGAGCUGAAAGUCUUAGCACCUAAGUGGCUCUGGGCUGCAGUCUCCAUGGCUCCUGCACGUUCACCUAUCACCCUCCCUCUGUGCCUGUGUCUGCUGCUGGCAGCUGGCUUUGCCCAGGCAGGCAGGCUGCUGAUGGUGCCCAUGGAUGGGAGUCACUGGUUCACCAUGCGCUCGGUGGUGGAGAAACUCAUCCAGAGAGGGCAUGAGGUAGUCUCAGUCAUGCCAGAGGUGAGUUGGCAACUGGGAGAGUCGCUGGAUUUCACAGUAAAGACUUACUCAACUUCUUAUACUCUGAAGGAUUUGGACCAGGGGUUUAAGGUUUUUGUUGACACUCAAUGGACAACUGCAGAACAAAGUAUUUAUUCUAUAGCAACAGGUUCAUCCAAAGGAUUUUUUGACAUCACCUUUUCACGUUGUAGGAGUUUGUUUAAUGAGAAGAAAUUAGUUGAAUACUUAAAAAAUACUUCUUUUGAUGCAGUGUUUAUGGAUCCUUUUGAUGUGUGUGGCUUAAUUGUUGCCAGAUAUUUUUCACUCCCAUCUGUGGCCUUUGCCAGAGGAGUAUUUUGCCAUUAUCUUGAAGAAGGUGCGCAGUGCCCUGCUCCUCUGUCUUAUGUUCCCCGCCUCCUCUCUGGCUUAUCAGAUGCCAUGACUUUCAAGGAGAAAGUAAAGAACCACCUUUACCAUGUGGAGGAGCAUUUAGUUUGCCCUUAUUUUUUUAAAGAGGCCUUAGAGAUUGCCUCUGAAAUUCUCCAAGCACCUGUGACAGCAUAUAACCUCUUCAGCCAACCAUCAAUUUGGUUGUUACGCACAGACUUCAUUCUGGACUAUCCCAAACCUGUGAUGCCCAACAUGGUCUUUGUUGGUGGAAUCAACUGCCAUCAGGGAAAGCCCUUGUCUAAGGUAUGUUAUCUCUCUCCCUUGGCACAUGAAGGAUAACCUGAAUUUGCACGUUAAUUAAAAAGAUUCUUAACUGAA